AUGUCUCCACUUCUGAGAAGCAUCUUUGAUAUCACUGAAAUUUUCAAUCAAUAUGCCUCACAUGAUUGUGACGGGGCAGCAUUAUGCAAGAAAGACCUGAAGAACCUCCUUGAAAGGGAAUUUGGAGCUGUCCUUCGGAGACCACACGACCCUGAGACGGUGGAUGUGAUCCUGGAACUUCUGGAUCGCGACGGUAACCGGCUCGUCGAUUUCAACGAGUUCCUCCUGUUCGUUUUCAAGGUGGCUCAAGCUUGUUACUACGCUCUCGCCCAAGCCUCGGGGUCAGAGAAGGGAGCCAAGCGUGGUGGGGAAGGGAACCCGUUAGAAGAUCGCUGGCAAGAAGAAGAGCAAAGGAGGUUGGAGCCCCGGGACCGGCAGCUGGAAGAAGAACGCAGGCGGAAGAGGCUGGAACAGGAGCGAGAGCUCGCUCAGGAAGAGGAGCAGAGGGAGAAGCAAGAGAUGCGUGAGCGGCGGCGGCAAAGGCGAGAACCGGAAGCGCGCUUGGAGCAGGAAAAGCAGCUGCAGGGGCGCAAGGGGCGCGCGGCGGAGGAGUUUCCAGACCGAGAGCCGAGGCGAGAGAGGCAGGAGCUGCGGGAGCUCCAGCGCCUUGAGCAGGAACAGCGGGAGCGCCUGGAGGAGGAGGAGCUGCCCCGGCGAGAGCGCCAGGAGCUGAAGAAGGAGCGCCUGGAGGAGGAAGAGCAGCUGCAAAGGCGGAGGCGCGAGCAGGAGCGGCGCUUGGAGCUGGAGGAGAGGCGCCAAAAGGAGGAGAGGCGUCAGCUGGAGGAGAGGCGCCAACAGCUGCGGAGGCGCGAGCAGGAGCCACGCUUGGAACAGGAGCUGAGGCGCCAAAAGGAGGAGAGGCGUCAGCUGGAGGAGAGGCGCCAACAGCUGCGGAGGCGCGAGCAGGAGCCGCGCUUGGAACAGGAGCUGAGGCGCCAGCAGGAGGGGAGGCGCGAGCAGGAGCUGGCUGAGGAGGUGCAGCAGGAAGAAGCCCGGGAGCAGGACGAGAGCCGUACCCCAAGGUGGCAGCAGCAGCUAGAAAGCGAGGCCGACGCCCGUCAGAGGAAAGUCUACUCAAGGCCCCGCAGGCAGGAGCGCCGGUCCCUCCGGGAGGAGCGCGAGCGGCGGCUGCGUCAGGAAGAGGAAGAGCUGCGCCGCGACCUCAGGUGGCAGUGGCAGGUGGAGGAAGAGAGCGCGAGGCGCCGCCAGAGGCUGUUGGCCAGGCCUCCAGUGCGGGAGCAGAGGGACAGGCAGCAGAGGGCCGACAGGCGCCAGGAGCGGGAACAACUGCUCGGUGAGGAGGAGAAGGAGCGCCUCCAGGAGGAUCGGGAGAGGGAACGACGCCAGGAGGAGCUGCGCCGCGACCAAAAAUGGAAGUGGCAACUAGAGGAGGAAAGCCAGAGACGCCGCCACACACUGUACGCCAAGCCAGCGCAACGUGAGCAGCUGCGGGAGGAGGAAGAGCAGCUUCAGCGGGAGAAGAGGCGCCAGGAGCUGGACAGACAGUAUCUGGAAGAAGAGCAGCUGCAGCAGGAAGAGGAGCAGCUGCAGCGGGAGGAAGAGCAGCUACAGAGGGAGAAGAGGCGCCAGGAACUGGAGAGACAGUAUCGGGAGGAAGAGCAGCUGCAGAGAGAGGAACGUGAAAAGAGGAGGAGCCAGAACCGGGACAGACAGUAUCGGGAGGAGGAGCAGCUGCAGCAGGAAGAGGAGCAGCUGCAGCGGGAGGAAGAGCAGCUACAGAGGGAGAAGAGGCGCCAGGAACUGGAGAGACAGUAUCGGGAGGAAGAGCAGCUGCAGAGAGAGGAACGUGAAAAGAGGAGGAGCCAGAACCGGGACAGACAGUAUCGGGAGGAGGAGCAGCUGCAGCAGGAAGAGGAGCAGCUGGAGCAGGAGAAAGAGCAGCUGCAGAGGGAGAAGAGGCGCCAGGAACUGGAGAGACAGUAUCGGGAGGAAGAGCAGCUGCAAAGAGAGGAACGUGAAAAGAGGAGGAGCCAGAACCGGGACAGACAGUAUCGGGAGGAGGAGCAGCUGCAGCAGGAAGAGGAGCGGCUGCAGCGGGAGAAGAGGCGCCUGGAACUGGACAGACAGUAUCUGGAAGAAGAGCAGCUGCAGCAGGAAGAGGAGCAGCUGCAGCGGGAGGAAGAGCAGCUACAGAGGGAGAAGAGGCGCCAGGAACUGGAGAGACAGUAUCGGGAAGAAGAGCAGCUGCAAAGAGAGGAACGUGAAAAGAGGAGGAGCCAGAAGCGGGACAGACAGUAUCGGGAGGAGGAGCAGCUGGAGCAGGAGAAAGAGCGGCUGCAGCGUGAGGAGGAGCAGCUGCAGAGGGAAAGGAGGCUCCCGCAGCGAGACAGGCAGUAUCGGGAGGAGGAGGAUGUGCAGCGCCGGGACAGGAAGCUGCAAUUCCGGGAUGAGGAUCAGCGCCGGGAUCUGAAAUGGCAGUGGCAAUCAGAAAAAGACAAUGAAGUUCGUGAUUAUUCCAAACGCAGAGAGAAUGAAAAACUCCGACAAUUGGAAGAUUCCCAGGUGCGGGAGAGAGCAUUCCAGCAGGAUCGGCGGUCCCUGCAGGAUGCACAGGAAGAGAGAGAGCUCGCGCAAGGGAGGAGGAGCAGGGAGCAGCGCGACAGGCAAUUGGAACAGCUGCAGCGAGAGGAGCAAAGGGAAGACAACAGGCGAGCCAGGAAGUUCCGCGAGGAAGAGCAGCUGCUGGAAGAGGAAAGAGAGGAGAAAAGACGCCUCCAGGAAGACAGAAAGUUCCGCGAGGAGGUACAGCAGCUGCGCCGCCAGGAGCGCGAACAACAGCUUCGCCAGGAGCGCGACAGAAAGUUCCGCGACGAGGAACUGCUCCUCCAGGAAAGGGAAGGACAGCUGCGUCGCCAGGAGCGCGACACAAAGUUCCGCGACGAGGAACAGCAGCUGCAGCGGGCGGAGCAGGCGGAGCUGAGGCGCCGGCAGGAGCGAGACCAGCAGUACCGCGCCGAGGAGCAGUUUGCCCGGGAGGAGAAGCGGCGGCGUCAGGAGCAGGAACUUCGACAGGAAGAGCAGAGACGCCGCCAGGAGCGGGAAAGGGAAUUCCGGGAAGAAGAGCAGCAACGCCGCCAGCAGGAGGAGGCGCAGAGACGCCGCCAACCCUGGGAGGAGAAAGACCAGGGCCGCCCGCAGGGUCUGGAGACUGGCAAGCGUCCGUUUGCCAGCGCCCCGGUGCGCUCCAGCCCUCUCUACGAGUACAUCCAAGAGCAGAGAUCCCAGUACCGCCCUUGAGAGAUGCUGCCAUAUCCUGACACCCGCCAAAGCUUCAGCAAAGGAAAAUGGGAAACACUGGCUACCAAAUGACUCAAACGUUUCUGGUUGUGGGAAAACUCGCUGAUGUUAGGAUAUGUCUUUCUUUUCCUCCAAAAUUUUGCAUGAUGCUCAUUUCCAGUACUUUGUACUCUGCCUUUUAUUUUUCCUUAAGUAGUUCUUUACUGCAGGAUGUCUUUUCUCUUUGGUGCAAAUGUGGUGUGCAUUUAAAAAAAAACAAAUCAUUUAAUUUGGUUAAGGAGUUUUGUUUGGGAGACACGUUAAUUUACUGCUUUCAAAGGGAACAAGAAUAAUUGGAGCAGGUGAGAUUCAAAAGAAUCUGGUCUGAUUUUUUUAAUGGUUGAUCCAUCUUGUGGGGAGUUUAGAUAUUUUUAAUGUUCAAGUUGGUAUUUCUUCUUGGGCCUAAAUUACAUUAAUAUUUACCUUCAAAUAGACUCUCACCUUGUGUGGCGUAAUUAGUGCAGAUUCCACAAGGGGACUGAAUUUUUACAAUAAUUCCUGAAUAGUGCAGGGGCACUGACUUCUACAGAGAAAAACUCCCUGUGAAAUCAGCCCAUAACUGGAAGAAAUACCAGUUAAAAAUAAGAUUUAGCUUGAAGACUUAGAAUUUGAAUUAGAUCUCGUAAAGCAAAAGUAAGGUGUUUCUCAAACAACUCCAGAGCUCAAUUUUUUAAACUGUCUACUGUAGUGUAUAGUGCUCAGUUCUCUUCCCCCAAUCUUUGAGGAGUAUUAACUACCUUUGCUAAUUUUAGCUGAGAGGGAACCUACUCAGGAUCCUGUGAACAUCUGUCUUGCUCUAGGGCCAAUGAGAGAUCACAGAGAGCGUUUUGGGGGAGGGAAAGGGAAAAAUUUGUGAAGAGAGGGGCAAGUUCCUACAGGCCCUUGACAAAACCCA